GUGGGGGACAUGGAGCCGUGAUGUCCGAGGAGGCCGGGCGGGGGCCGCUCUCUGAGCGGCUGGACGAGCAGCUGCUGCGCUACCUGGAGGAGAUGGAACAGCUGAACGACCGCAGGGAGCGGCUGGAGAGGCUGAUGGAGCAGGGUUGGUUCUCGCUCUCCAAGGCUCGCUACUCCAUGGGGACCAAGUGGGUUUCUUCUCUCCAGUACGGACCGGAGAUGGUGCCGUUGGCUCGUGUUGAUGUGAGUCAGAAAGAAGACGGUUACUACAACUUCAGAGUGGAGCGGGUGGACUCUGGAGAGCAAACGGGUGGGACCAUCGUGGAAAAGCGCUUGGAGAUUGAGGAGAUCGGACCCAAAGAGCAGGAGGAAGCUCCACUCGUGAGGAGGAGGAGGAAGCCAGAGGACAGCGGGGAGAAGGCGCCGCGUGCCGACAAGGAGGUCUGCGGGACGCAGGCCUCGGUGGAAGAUCGUGAGAGACCAUCGCGGCAGGGGGGGCCACCGCUGGCUCGGGAUCCGCUGAGGUGGUUCGGGGUCCUGGUGCCGCACAGCCUGAGGCUCGCUCAGGCCUCUUUCAAAGAGGUUAUGGAGCUAGCAGCUGAGGUGGCCACUCUCCAGAGCAGAAUCUCAAACACCAAAUCACGGUACCGGGACCUCCUGCGGCAGAAACAGGAGCUGGCAGAGCGGCCGAGCCGAUGACGGAAGGGCUCUGCGCCCCCCCUGCAUCCGCUGCACCAGGUCCCUCACUCCCAUCCUCCAGCCACAGGGAUGGUGAAUCCCACUCUGGAAAAGUCUCAGUCCCGGUGAACAUCAGCUGUGGAGGACCCAUGUCAUGUACAUUUCACCAGAGUUACGCCAAAGACAAGGACUCGAAUGGAAAAAUCGAAGGGGUGGGAUGGGGUGUGCGUAGAUUGGAACUGUAAUGGAUUCACAUGCAGUGUGUCUGUAAUCUGAGUUUAAACAGAGGCUACCUUUUUUCUGGUGUACUGAGAUUCAUAACUCGGGGCGCUUCUCGAGUGGGGCAAUGCGCCCAAAAGUGCUGGAGGAAUUCGGCAGGUUGGGCAGCAGCUGGGGAGGGGAAUAAACAGUCGAUAUUUUGGGCCAAGACCCUUCUUCAGGACUGGGAAGGAAGGAGUGAAGCCAGCAUAAGAAGGUGGGGGGAAGGGGGAGGAGUACAGGCUGGCAGGUGAUGGGUGAGGACGAAGAUGAGCAGGGGGAGCGGCUUUAUCGUCAUUUUGCAGCAGCAGUACAGUGUAGGUGUAAGAAAUUACUGUGUCACAGUACAAAAUAAACAA